CGUCGAGGCGGUGUCCGGCGCUCAGCAGUGAACAGGGACGGGCGUAGCGCCGGAGUGGUCUGACGGGCAGGGUAGCGCCAGGCGUCGGGGGCACCAUGAGCGCGGCGCGGGGCGUGUGCCGGUGGGCGCUGCUCAUCACUGUGGCUGUCUUCAGUCAAGUGGGCGCCAAGGACGUGGACUUCGACUACCCGGACGUGCUACCCGUGUUUGUGACGAAGCCGGCCGCCUUCAGCGUCAAGGAGGGCGACACCCUGGAUCUGCCCUGUCAGAUCCGGGAGCUCGGUCCGUACCCGGUGGUGUGGCGGAAGGGAAACCGGGUCAUCAGCGCCGGCGCGGUCAUUACGGCCAUCGACCGCAGAUUCCGACUGGUGCGGGGUCAUGACCUUCACAUAGAGCGGGUCAAGGUCAAGGAUACCGGCACUUUUACGUGCUCUGUCUCAACGGAGACGAUAAUGGAUGUCACACACAAAGUGGACGUUCUCUACGGUCCCAGUGUGACAACGAUCCCGGAAUCUGGACUGGUGGUGGCCCAGCGAGGGACGGACGUGGUGCUGGAGUGUUCGGCUGAGGGCAAGCCGCCUCCGACAAUAAUUUGGAGGAAGCAGUCUGGCCGUCUGCCCAGCGGCGAUGAGACGUACCCAGGGGCCCGGUACGCUAUCUCCGAGGUCACUCGGCAGAUGGCGGGGGUGUACGAGUGUGUCGCGGACAACAGCCUGGGCAUCACGGCAGUCGGCAGAAUCAGUCUCCAGGUGCAAUACCCGCCCGAGGUGGAGGUGGAGAGCAGCACGGUCCACACCGGGGAAGGCUAUCAAGUGAAGCUCAUCUGCUUCGUGUUUGCUGAUCCCCACGCUGAAGUGGUGUGGAGUCGAGAGAACUCUCAGUUGGACCCCACCCGUCACGUCAUCUCCGAGGACGUGGUCAUGGGCACGCGUCACAUCCUGACCAUCAGGAGCGUGCAGCGGGACGACUUCGACAUCUACACCUGCGAGGCGAGCAACAGACUGGGCUCCAUGAAGGGACGCAUGCUCAUCACAGGUGUGGCAGACCGGGUGAGGAUCACAAGUCCCCCCAUCAGCACGGCUCCGGAGGACUUUGACCUUUCCUGGGAGGUGGAAAGCUACAGCGCCAUACACGAGUACAAAGUCGCAUACAGAAGGAGCAAGUUCAACUCUACGGUGGCGUUACCGUCGCAGUUCAAGGAGGUGAUUGUACCGACCACGGGCACAGGACCGGCCACCACCUACGACCUGUACAUCCAGGCCAGCAACCGGCACGGCUGGAACGCCGUCUCAGACAUGUUCCACUUCUCCACGCUGUCCAAAGGCGAAGGAUCGGUCCAGACGCUGCUCAUGCUGCAGGACGCACUGCCUCCGUAG